UCUUUUUUUUAUUUAUUUGACUCGUACACGCCUUGCUUUCAAAGUUCAACUUGUGAUCCUCGUGUUUGGUAACGACUAAAGUAAUGUCUACAUCGACCGAAACCUUUUCCUCAAGAUGAAAAAUUCUAUGACUGUGUUGAAAACCAGCAGUGAAAAAGAAAAUGUAAUUCUAAUGAAGACAUAUUGGAAUGCAUUUGGCAAACAAUAAAAGAACACUUUUUUUAAGACUUUCGUCUUAGUUGCAUGGUGAGAAUUCCUUAGUAAAUUAUAUAGUAUUGAUUUGUCACUUUUGGAAACAUUAUCUCUUGUAAAACAAAGAUAAAGCUCUUUUCUGAGUUAUAUAGAUUCCUAGGGCCAGUUUCUUUAUUUCUUUGGUUCUUAUAUUCCCCCACUGAAUGGGACACCAGUUUGUUGCAGGAAUACUCAUUUUUACCAGCUGAAUGGACUAGAGGAAAGAAAGAAGGAGGAUCUAACGUUUCGAGCAGAGCUCUUCAUCAGAAACAUAGAAAAAGGAAAGAUCCAAGGAAGGGAAGACGGAGAAAGAAAAUCGCCAACGAUACACACGCAGUAUAUAUAUACACACACAUACAUACAUGCAUACAAGGCUUCAUAUCUAGUGACAUGUCAGUAAACAUUUUACUUUUUUCCUAAAUAUUCUACAAGUGACUGUUUUGUAAACGCUAUGGAGUGUUUUAAGUCAUCUAUCCCACAGUGUGUACAUACAGACGAGAAAAACUCAGAUUGUGAGAUUUGCAACGAGUCAUUUUCUCAAAAUAGUGCAUCAGUUAAAGAGAAGACAUCUGCCAAAGUUAACACACAACAUCAGUGUGACAUUUGUGGUGAAACUUUCUCUCAAAACACCAACUUGGAACACCACAGAGAAAUCCACUCUGAUGAAAAACCAUAUCACUGUGACUUGUGUGGGAAAACUUACUCGGUAAGCAGUGGCUUGUAUCGUCACAAGCGAAUACAUACGGGUGAAAAACCACACCAAUGUGAAUAUUGUGGGGAAUCUUUCGCAUUGAGCAGUCAUUUGGCAAGUCACGAACGGACUCAUACAGGAGUGAGGCCUUACCAUUGUGAAAUAUGUGACAGACGUUUCUCUCAGAACAGUCAUUUAUUGACUCAUCGACGCGUGCAUACUGGGGAGAGGCCGUAUGCUUGCGAUAUUUGCGAUAAAACUUUCUCUCGCAAUAGUACAUUGGCUGACCACAAGCGAGUUCACACAGGGGAAAAGCCAUACAGCUGCGAAGUUUGCGGUAAAGCCUUCUCGGUGAAUAGUCAUUUGUAUCGACAUAAAUGGAUCCACACAGGGAAGAGACCAUAUCGUUGCGAAAUUUGUGGUAAAUCCUUCUCGCGGAACACCACCCUGUUUCAACAUAGACGCACCCACACGGGAGAAAAACCGUAUAAAUGCCAGAUUUGCGGUAAGACAUUUUCUGUCCGUAAUCACUUGGAGAGUCACAUUCGUAUUCACACCGGGGAAAAACCAUACCACUGUGAAAUUUGUGGUAAAAACUUCUCAGUGAAUAGCCAUUUGCUCAACCAUAUACGAAUUCACACGGGAGAGAAACCAUAUCAAUGUGAAAUUUGUGGCAAAAAUUUCUCUGUCAAAUGCCAUUUGUCCAGUCACAUGUUUAUCCAUACUGGAGAGAAACCAUUUCGCUGUGAAAUUUGUGGCAAAAUGUUUGCCAGAAAUAAUAAUUUAUCUAGACAUAAACGAAUUCAUACUGGUUAAAAUCCCAAGCUUGGAGAUUUACAAUUGGAAGAUCCGAGGUAAACCAUUUUUGAAAUUUACUAAUAGACAUUUGUGUUGGCUGUGAGUAAUGUGUUUUGAAUCUUACCAAAGACAUGGUACUUCAAUAUUUUGUUCGUCUACAAUUGAGGACAAAACUAAAAACAGCAAGGAUUACUGACACAAGGUGACAAAAUUUUGGUGGAAACUACAUAAUUAAUGAAAUCAACCCCCACAGAAGGAUUAAAAGCAUAGUUGACACCAUAUAUGUAUUUUGAACUCAGAAAACAUACACACGCGCGCACACACACAGACAUACACAUUGGGUUGAUGCAUAAUUGACAACUGUUUUAUUUUUGAAUAAAUUUAGAAU